CCUUGCGCCCCACCUUCCCUUUUCUCUUCCUGGGCGCUGCCUGCAGAGGUGGCGGCCAUCUCCUAUCGGCACCAUGGCUGCCCUCAGACCCCUGGUGAAGCCCAAGAUUGUCAAAAAGAGGACCAAGAAGUUCAUCAGGCACCAGUCAGACCGUUAUGUCAAAAUUAAGCGUAACUGGCGCAAGCCCAGAGGCAUUGACAACAGGGUGCGGAGAAGAUUUAAGGGCCAGAUCUUGAUGCCCAACAUUGGUUACGGGAGCAACAAGAAAACAAAGCACAUGCUGCCCAGUGGUUUCCGCAAGUUCCUGGUCCACAGUGUCAAGGAGCUGGAAGUGCUGCUGAUGUGCAACAAAUCUUACUGUGCUGAGAUUGCGCACAACGUUUCCUCCAAGAACCGCAAAGCCAUUGUGGAAAGAGCAGCCCAGUUAGCCAUCAGAGUCACCAAUCCCAACGCCAGGCUGCGCAGUGAAGAAAAUGAAUAGACAGCUCAUAUGCAAGUUUUAUUUGUGUUAAAUAAAACCGUAAAAACCCUGCUA